GGGCAGAGGGGGCGUGGCCUGCAGGGUUCUAUUCCUUUCGUUGCUACGCCCCCAGGACGCUUUACCUCGAAGCCCAUUGGCUGCCGGCCUUGAUAGGCGACGUUCUGCAGCCAAUGGGAUGUCGCGUACGGUGGCGCCCGACGCGGGGUGUUGGAGGCGGGAUUUCCCCGGUGACAGAGGAGCGGACUGGCGGUGACCGGAGCUGGCCGUGAAUGCUCCUUCCCGGGGUAAGGCAGCGGGAUACCCGGCCGCAUGGCUAGUUAGCGGCUCCAUUACUUGCGCCUGACUAUGUUCUCAGGAUGAAGCGGAGACUUGAUGAUCCAGAUUCAGGAAAUUAUCCACCGCAACCGCGCCGACUUACUGACGCAUAUUCUCACCAGCAUCGUGUUCUCGCCCCUGCCCCUCCUGCUUAUGAUCCACCAUCUGAUACAAUGCAGCCCACAGGCAUCCAGUAUUCUGUAACACCAGGAUACCAGGUGUCUGCAGUGCCUCAGGGCUCUGGUGGCCAUGGGCCAGCAGCCCUUGCCGCAGUGCACAGCGGUCAUCACCACAAUUCACCAGUGCCAGGCCAUGGAGGACCUGGCGUACAGAGUCACCCACAUCCCACCCCACCAGCUGCACCUGCACAGGGUCAGCAAUUUCAGAGACUAAAGGUAGAGGAUGCUUUAUCAUACCUGGAUCAGGUCAAACUUCAGUUUGGUAGCCAGCCACAGGUCUACAAUGAUUUCUUGGAUAUUAUGAAGGAGUUCAAAUCUCAGAGUAUUGACACUCCGGGGGUCAUCAGUCGGGUGUCUCAACUCUUCAAAGGUCACCCAGAGCUAAUCAUGGGUUUCAACACGUUUCUUCCACCUGGGUACAAGAUUGAGGUGCAAACCAAUGACAUGGUGAACGUUACAACUCCAGGCCAGGUCCACCAAAUAACAGCCCAUGGUCUGCAGCCUGUGGUUCCCCAACCACCACCUCCUUCGCAGCCAUCUACCCAGCCUGCACCUCCUCCUGUACAUCCAACACCACCACCUGCUCCAGCAAAGAUCAGCAAGCCGGUGCCUGCUCAGGCGCACACGCCGACAAACCAGCAGAGUACACCUAUCCAGUACCCAUCUCCCCGUUCUCCUCCAGCACAGCCUCACACACCUGUUCCAUUGCCACAUACCACCCCAACAGCAGCUGCUGCAACUCCCACCAUGCAGAACAACCAACCUGUUGAGUUCAACCAUGCCAUCAACUAUGUAAACAAAAUUAAAAAUCGCUUCCAGGGCCAGCCUGACAUCUACAAAGCCUUCUUGGAGAUUCUUCACACAUACCAGAAAGAGCAGCGGAAUGCAAAAGAAGCGGGUGGAAAUUACACCCCAGCCCUCACAGAGCAAGAGGUUUAUGCCCAAGUGGCCCGACUUUUCAAGAAUCAAGAGGAUCUGCUCUCCGAAUUUGGACAGUUCCUGCCUGACGCCAACAGCUCCGUAUGUUCCUUUGUAGGCUCUCAGCUUUCUAAGAAACUUCAUACCCACAAAUCCCUGCUGGAGCUGCAAGACAUUCUGACAUUUGACAAUCUUUUGAGCAAAACCACAGCAGAAAAAGUUGAGUCCGUGAGGAAUGACCAUGGUGGCACUGUGAAGAAACCACAACUGAACAAUAAGCAGCAGCGACCCAACCAAAAUGGCUGCCAGAUCCGCCGGCAUUCUGGGCCCGGGGCAACUCCACCUGUGAAGAAAAAGCCUAAAAUCAUGCCGAAAGAUCAGUCCAUGGCAGAUUCCAACAAACAUGGCACAGGGGCAGAAUCGCAGUUUUUCGAUAAGGUUCGGAAAGCUUUACGGAGUGCAGAGGCAUAUGAUAACUUCCUUCGAUGUCUGGUUAUCUUUAACCAAGAAGUUAUCUCUCGGACGGAGCUAGUUCAGUUGGUAUCUCCUUUCCUUGCGAAAUUUCCUGAACUGUUCACAUGGUUUAAAAACUUCUUGGGUUACAAAGAAUCCUCUCACAUGGAGUCCUUCCCUAAGGAGCGGGCAACAGAGGGCAUUGCCAUGGAGAUAGACUAUGCCUCAUGCAAGAGGCUGGGUUCCAGCUACAGGGCACUGCCCAAGAGCUUCCAGCAGCCCAAGUGCACCGGCAGAACACCACUCUGCAAAGAGGUUCUGAAUGACACCUGGGUUUCCUUCCCCUCAUGGUCAGAAGACUCCACAUUUGUAAGCUCGAAGAAGACCCAAUAUGAGGAGCACAUUUACCGAUGCGAAGAUGAGCGGUUUGAGUUGGAUGUCGUACUGGAAACCAAUCUGGCUACCAUACGUGUUUUAGAAAGUAUUCAGAAGAAACUUUCACGGUUAUCCGCAGAGGAUCAGGCCAAAUUUCGUCUAGACAACACUCUAGGAGGAACAUCAGAGGUCAUUCACCGGAAAGCACUGCAAAGGAUAUAUGCAGACAAAGCUGCUGACAUCAUUGAUGGCCUGAAAAAGAACCCAGCUGUAGCCGUCCCCAUUGUCCUGAAAAGGUUGAAAAUGAAAGAAGAGGAGUGGAGGGAAGCCCAGCGUGGAUUCAAUAAAAUAUGGCGAGAGCAGAACGAAAAGUAUUAUCUGAAAUCUCUAGACCACCAGGGAAUAAACUACAAACAGAUUGACACAAAGGUGCUUCGUUCCAAGAGCCUACUAAAUGAAAUCGAGAGCAUUUAUGAUGAGCGCCAAGAGCAAGCAUCUGAAGAUAACUCUGGAAUCUCCACAGGGCCCCACCUGACCCUGACAUAUGAGGAUAAACAGAUUUUGGAGGAUGCUGCCUCUCUCAUCAUCCAUCAUGUAAAGCGACAGACUGGUAUCCAAAAGGAGGACAAGUACAAAAUCAAACAGAUUAUCUAUCAUUUCAUCCCAGACAUGCUCUUCUCUCAGAGAGGAGAACUUUCUGACCUUGAGGAAGAAGAGGACGAGGAGAAUGCAGAGACAGAAGAUGGGGUUACAAAAAAACACAAUGGGGUGGGUGGUGGUGUUGGGGGUAGUAGCCCUCCAAAAGCCAAGCUGAUGUUUGGAAAUACUGCAGCACAGAAGCACCGGGGGAUGGAGGACACGUACAAUCUGUUUUACGUGAACAAUAACUGGUACAUCUUUUUGCGCCUGCAUCAGAUUCUCUGUUCCCGCCUCCUGCGCAUCUACAGUCAAGCAGAGAGGCAGGUAGAGGAAGAGUUGAGGGAAAGGGAAUGGGAGAGAGAGGUGCUGGGUCUAAAGAGGGACAAGAAUGACAGCCCUGCCAUCCAGUUGCGGUUAAAAGAACCAAUGGAUAUUGAGGCUGAAGAUUAUUACCCUGCAUUCUUAGACAUGGUUCGGAACCUGCUGGACGGGAAUAUGGACUCCAACCAAUAUGAAGACUCCCUGCGGGAAAUGUUCACUAUCCAUGCCUUCAUUGCCUUUACAAUGGACAAAUUAAUUCAAAGCAUUGUCAGGCAGCUCCAGCACAUAGUGAGUGAUGAGAUAUGUGUGCAAGUCACUGAACUUUACCUCUCAGAGACUAACUGCAAUGCUACAGGAGGUCCCUUCACCACCCAAGCAUCCCGCAGCCUGGGAGAAUCCAAUUAUCAGCGGAAAGCAGAGCAGCUGAUGUCAGAUGAGAACUGUUUCAAGCUGCUGUUCUCCCAGAACCAUGGGCAGGUUCAAUUAACUAUUGAACUGUUGGACACUGAGGAGGAAAAUUCAGAUGACCCAGCGGAGACCGAGCGAUGGUCGGACUAUGUGGAAAGGUACAUGAACUGUGACUCCACUUCCCCAGAGCUGAGAGAACACCUGACACAGAAGCCUGUAUUUUUACCCAGGAACCUGCGCCGGAUCAGAAAAUGCUUGAAGGGUCGUGAGCAGCAGGAGAAAGAGGGCACUGGAAAGCGGGCUUUGGAGAAUCUUGAGAGUCUGGACAAGCUGCAGUGCAAAUUCAAGCUGAACUCUUACAAGAUGGUGUAUGUUAUAAAAUCUGAGGACUACAUGUACCGUCGCACGGCCCUGCUCAGGGCCCAGCAGUCUCACGAACGUGUCAGCAAGCGGCUUCACCAACGCUUCCAGUCCUGGCUCAGCAAGUGGAACCUGGAGCACGUCAGUCGGGAGAUGGCUACUGACACCAGGAAAUGGCUGAUGGGAGAAGGAGUUGAGGGCAUGGUGCCUUGUGCCACCACGAGGGACUCUGAGACACUCCACUUUGUGGACAUCAACAAGUACAGAGUCAAGUAUGGACCAGCAUUCAAAACCCCAUAAGGAAAUCAACAUCCGAACCAUCUUCCUCUAGUGGAACUUCGCAGAGGCUUGGGAAGCAGCAGCAUCAGUCUCAGCUAGAACAAUUGGAUACAGGGAUCGGAGUGUACAAACAGCACAUCCAGAGGUUUUAUUCACUUCUUUUGCUGCCAAAACAAGCCUUACUGGACUUGAGAAGGGAUUUAGUAUUACUGAAAAUAUCCUGCCAGCUACCCUUACCACGUAGUCCAAGCAGAUUUACCCCCAACCCCUUUAUGUAAAUACUAAAAACUGUAAAUAACGUCAAAAAAGGGUCCUUCCACACAUCCACUGUCCUUAUGUCAGCAUCUUAUUUUAUAGCUAUUGCUGUCUUAGUUUAAUCUUUUGUUAGUUAUCUUUGUAACAGUGGUACGGUGCCAUAGGGGUAACAUCUUACAAACCACCACCUCCUUUAUUACAGUUUCUACCAAAGGGAGUCUAUUGAACUGUGGUUUUUAAUAUCAAUAAAUGUCUGUAUAAUAUAUCGGACAUAUAUUAUACAUACACAUUAUACCCCUCAACUCCUUACUGCUGUCUCUCCAAGUGUGAUUUAUUUUUGAUUCCCAUUCCCCCACCCCCCACACAUGUCCCUUUUUUAAAAAAACACAAUGUAAAUAAAGUAAAGGGUUUGUUAUGAA